AUGGCACAUUCUGAUGAAAUGAAAGCUGCAAUGUUUGCUUUUUUUUUUCUGGAUACGUUUCCUCCAGAGGAAGUAGAAAACGUGAAGAAAAGAUACAACGCUGGAGACGCUGAUACUAUAAAGGGUGUGAAAAGACACUGCCCAUACUUUGUCGAUACCGACGCUUAUGCAAAAGGCAAUAAGGAUUUGAACAGCUACAAAAUUUGCUGUGAAGUGUUCGACUACUGCUCGUUCUACGUUCAGACAUGGUUCUACUUAGUCUGUGGAGGUGUUGCUCUUCUCAUCGUCAUUAUUCUGAUUGUCGUCUUUUUCUUUUGUUGUAAGAAAAGAGGUCGUGGUGGUAGUGAAGAUGUGGAAUCGAUCGAGACAAGUGAUGCUACUGACAAAGAGGAUUAUUGA